AUGCUUCUGAGCCAAACUAGACUAAUGCCCAAGCUGGUAUAUCCCACUGGAGAGGAUGUCCCCGAAGGAAGUAUUGCAGAAGGCAACCCCGAAGGAAGUAUUGCAGAAGGCAGCCCCGAAGGAAGUAUUGCAGAAGGCAGCCCCGAAGGAAAUAUUGCAGAAGGCAGCCCCGAAGGAAGUAUUGCAGAAGGCAGCCCCGAAGGAAGUAUUGAAGAAGGCAGCCCCGAAGGAAGUAUUGCAGAAGGCAGCCCCGAAGGAAGUAUUGCAAAAGGCAACCCCGAAGGAAGUAUUGCAGAAGGCAACCCCGAAGGAAGUAUUGCAGAAGGCAACCACGAAGGAAGUAUUGCAAAGACAGCUCCGAAGGAAGUAUUGCAAAGACAGCUCCGAAGGAAGUAUUGCAGAAGGCAACCACGAAGGAAGUAUUGCAAAGACAGCUCCAAAGGAAGUAUUGCAGAAGGCAGCCCCGAAGGAAGUAUUGCAGAAGGCAGCCCCGAAGGAAGUAUUGCAGAAGGCAACCCCGAAGGAAGUAUUGCAGAAGGCAACCACGAAGGAAGUAUUGCAAAAGACAGCCCCGUGUGA